GACAUUACAUUACUAUUGAACUAAGGCAUAAUUCAAAAUGAGGGGUGUUGCAGCUAUGCUGGUGCUGAUGUUCUGUCUGUCUGGGGCCUGGGCUGAGGGAGAGAGUAAAGGAGGGAUGGAUCAGAUUGACCAGAACAUUCUAUUCACUACCAUAGAUGCUGUCUGGGAUGAGCUGAAUCACCUGAGACUCAUGCUGAACAACACACAGAAACGAGUAGAGAAGUUGGAGAAUAAAAACACAGCCCUGGAGGCCAGAGUGACAGACAGUGAGAGCCAGGUGGUGGAACUGAAGAAAGGGAAUGCAGCCCUGGAGGCCAGAAUGACAGCCAGUGAGAGCCAGGUGGAUGAAGUGAAGAAAGAGAAUGCAGUCUUGGAGGCCAGAGUGACAGCCAGUGAGAGUCAGGUGGUGGAACUGAAGAAAGAGAAUGCAGCCCUGGAGGCCAGAUUGACAGCCAGUGAGAGCCAGCUGAAUGAUCUGAAGGGAAAGAAUGCAGACCUGGAGGCCAGAGUGACAGCCAGUGAGAGCCAGGUGGAAGACUUGAAGAAACAGAAUACAGGCCAAGCAGCACUAAUGUUAUCCUUGGGAAGCCAACUAACAGCCCUUCAGAGCCAGAUGGCAGAACUGAAGAAAGAGAAUGCAGAUCAAGCAGCAGAACUGUCAGCCCUGGAGAACACAGUGACAGCCAGUGAGAGCCAGGUGGCAGAGCUGAUGUCAAAAAAUGCAGCCCUGGAGGCCAGAGUGACAGUCAGUGAGAGUCAUGUGGCAGAACUGAAGGGAAAGAACGCAGCCCUGGAGGCCAGAGUGACAGCCAGUGAGAGCCAGGGGGAGGAGCUGGAGAAAGUGAAUGCAGACCAAGCAGCUGAACUGUUAUCCUUGGGGAGCAGAGUGACAACCCUUCAGAGCCAGGUGGCAGAACUGAAGAAACACAAUGCAGCCCAAGCAGCAGAACUGUCAGACUUGAAGAACAGAUUGACAACCAGUGAGAGUCAGGGAGCUGAACUGAAGAAAGAAAAUGCAGCCCUGGACACCAGAUUGACAGCCAGCGAAAGGCAGAUGGCAGAACUGAAGAAAGAGAAUGCAGCCCUGGAGGCCAGAGUGACAGUCAGUGAGAGCCAUGUGGCAGAACUGGAGAAAAAUAAUGCAGCCUUGAGGACCAGAGUGACAGCCAAUGAGAGCAAGCUGGAGGAACUGAAGAAAGAGAAUGCAGCCCAAGCAGCAGAACUGUCAGACUUGAAGAACAGAGUGACAACCAGUGAGAGCCAGGUGGCAGAGUUGAAGAAAAAGAAUGCAGCCCUGGAGGCAAGAUUGAGUGUCGCUGAGAGCCAGGUGGAGGAACUGAGGCUAGACAGAAGACAGGUGGCCUUUUCUGUUGCUUUGACGGACUCAGGAUAUGUGGGACCCUUUCAAACUGAGAUCACUCUGGUCUAUGAAAAAGUCUUCACCAACAUCGGCAACGGUUACGACCCAAACUCAGGUAUGUUCUCAGCACCAGUGAGAGGAGUCUACUACUUCACAUUCACCUCCAUGGGCCGAGAGCCUGGACAGAAAAUGGGUGUUAACUUGGUCAAAAAUGGAGAGCAAAUGAUAUACAACGUCCAGGACAACUUCCAUGGUGGUUAUGAGUACAUGACAGGUGCCGUGGCUCUGGAGCUAGAGAAAGAUGAUCUGGUGUACUUAAGGCUUCCUAAGGGCUGGGGGCUGUAUGAUGACAACUGCAACCACAAUGUCUUUACUGGCAUCCUGCUCUUCACCACCAACCCUGCUAUGGCCCGACUCCACUAGACCCUCUCCGUCCU